AUGGGCACCGUCGGUCUCACCGGCGCGUUCGCAGGCAUAGGAUUGUCCGACAACUCCACGAUUACUACGACAUUCGACUCUUCUGAGGCGACUCUCUUGUCCCGUUCCUCUGAUGGUUCUCUCUCGGCUCUCGGUUCCACAAACUCUGGCGGAAGCAUAGCAGCAGGAUGUGCUCUUGGCGACGUCUUCUACUUUGGCGGCUCCUUCACGUCUAUUGGCAAGACCUCAGCGAACAGCCUCGCGUCGUACACGCCGUCGUCAGGGUCUUUCUCCGCCCUAGGUUCUAACGGACCGAACGGAGAUGUGUACGCACUCUACUGCGACGAGAAAAACAACAACGUCUGGGUCGGCGGCAAGUUCACCUCUCCCGCACCUUCCGUCGCAGUUUGGUCAGUGAAGAAUUCGCAAUGGUCCGCACCGCCAUUCGGAGGGUUGUCAGGCGCUGCAGCGGAGGUGUUCUCCAUCACCACCAAUUCGUCCGAUUCGAGCAUCUUCUUUGCGGGAUCAUUCACGACGUCUUUCGGUAACGGCACGCUAAAUGGGACCAAUAACCCGAACGUACCGUAUUCGGCGGGCGCUACGCCUUUCUCGUCGUCGUUAGUUCCCGUCCCAUUGCAAAAUGCACAAGUGAUCGCCGCGCCAUCAUCUACCGAAUCGGGCUUCAGCGACGUUGAAAACAUAUUGUGCCCGUCCGGUGCUGACGGUCCCGGCGACACCUGGUUUGCGCAAGACGGAAGUGCUGCAGUGAUCACAGUUCGUGCAUAUUCGCUCCUCAGCGCAAGAGGUAUUCGCAUCGGGAACACUUUCUUGGAUGGCAGGGGGACCACAGCCUUCAGUGUCACCACUAUACCGGACAACACGGUGCAGACACUAACAUAUGUCAACCCGCAAACCGGCGCCAACGAGACGUGCAACGACCCUUGCCCUCUCUUGACGGAUUCGUCAACCCUGUACCAGGACUUCCUAUUUAGCGACAAUCUAGACAUCACUGGAUUCCAACUCACGUUGUCAGAAUGGCAAGGAGCGGGAUCUGGGCUGCAUCUCCUGCAGCUACUUUCCUCAGGAGCCUUCGCAUCUGCCGUAGCGGCCAAUAACACGGCGUCGUGCUUCUCCCCGGGCGCGUCUAAUGUGUCGUUCACCGGCGACUGGACUGAGAAGGAGGCCAACACCAAUAUCCCCGCGACGGUUGAGAGUGUCCUUGUCGCCGAUGUCGCCGUAGGAACGAGUGUGGCACAAAGCCCAAGCAUCACCUGGAUGCCGUAUGUAUCCGCGUCUGGAGAAUACGACGUAUACCUGGUCGUACCAGGAUGCACCAACUUCGAGGAUUGUGCACUGCGCACAAGCGUGCAGGUCACUGUCUUCCCCGGGGAUGGACUGUCCCCGUGGGUGACCACUGUCUCGCAGCAGAAUGGUGAAGACCAGACGACGCUGGUGUAUACUGGCCCCAUCGUUCCCUCAUCGCCGAGCUUCGUGACGACUAUCUCGAUGACGCUGGCGCCAGAGCCAGUGGGCCGCGGCGAGAAUGGCCAAUACGAGCUUGUUGCUGCGGGCGUUCAGCUCCAGCUGACGAGUGCCAAUGUCACCACGACCGGUAGCAACGGAGCAAACGGUACCAGCGCAGGCUCUGCGAGUGGCUUCGGCUUCUUCGAGUGGCCGCUGUCAUCGACCGACACUGUCAAUGCCACAGGAAUCCUGACCAACAAGACGGAGACAGCCCUGGACAGCGUGGGCUUCGACAUACUGGCAGGCCUUGGCGGUAGCGCAGCCCUUACAUCGUCCUCACUCCCAUAUAUCUCUGCCGUCGCGCAUCAUCCGUCUGGUACAAUCUUCCUUGGGGGAAACUUCAACUUGACGUCGGGCAGUGCGUCCGGCGCCUCCAACAUUGUCGCAUUCAAGAACGGUGCGCUCGCGGCUUUGCCUUCGAAAGGCUUGAACGGAGUGGUAACAUCGUUGGCACUGGACGGCGAUACCCUGUUCGUCGGAGGCGCAUUCAGUGAUACGUCCUCGGCCUCAACAAAUGGCGCCCUGCAGGGUGUAGCGGCGUACAAUGUUCAGCAGAAUUCGUGGAGCGCUCUCGGACAGGGCGUUAACGGCGCUGUAUCCAGUGUCGACUACUCAGACGGCCAGGUUCUUAUCGCCGGCAACUUCACGCAGGCUGUCGCCGCAUCCGGGACCGUCCAGAAAGCGGAUGGAUUCGCUGCGUGGAACGUAGGCAACUCGACCUGGACCAACAGUGGAGGAUUCCUGGUGGGAAGCAUGACGCUCGUGGUAAACGGCACAUCGAGCAGCGGCCAGAGUCAAUACGUCGCGGGAUCGGUUGGUGCGUCUCUCGAGUUCGGUGCCACAGGUUUCGUGUUGCUUCAGAACGGCGCCGGGGGCGAGCCGCAGGUCACUCCGUUAGACGUGCAGUUGGGCGGCAACACGACCGUCUCCACCUCUUCUACCAGCGCACGCCGUCGGUCGCACGUACGCCGCGGGGCCUCAUCGUGGAUUCCCAAGAUCAACGCCUUGCGUAUCUUCAAGAGAGAAGCUUCAGCGUCCCUUGCGCCACUACCGUCCAGUCCCGCUACGACUGCUCCAGCCGUCUUGGCCGGUGCUUUCUGGACGAACAGCUCGUCCUCGAAGCAGGUGGCGAUUCUCGGUGGCAAUUUUUCCUUCCAGUCGUCCUCUGGGUCCACGUACCGCAGCGUUGCGAUUUACGACAAUUCGACCGGUGCCGUUACGCCCUUGCAAGGCAACCAGAUCAACGGCACCGUGCGCAGCCUACUGGUCCAGGGUGAUAACCUGUUUAUCGGGGGUGAAUUCACCCUCCAGGGAGCGAGUGCGAAUGGCUUCGCCAUCUACAACCUAGCCGAGCAGGAAUGGGCCAUGGCCGGCGUACAGGCCUUGCAGCCCAGCUCAGGGUCCAGCGUCGUGGUCCGUUCAGUCACAGCAUCUCCGUCCCAAACCAACACGGUGAUAGUCGCUGGCACGUUCGCUUCGGCAGGUUCAACAGCCUGUCGUUCCAUCUGUUCAUAUGCCUCCGACUCCGAACAGUGGAGUGCCCUUGGCAAUGGUAUACAAGGCGACGUUGCAUCCAUUGCAUACGCUGGCAGUAACUCGGACGUGAUUGUGGCGGCAGGGUCCCUUGCUCUCGCAGAUAGCGCUCUUGCCAAUGUCGCGACUUUUACUAUCUCAAACUUGACAUGGGCAGCCCUUGGCAACGGCAGUCUGCCUGGCCCGGUCACCGCGGUUGCCGUCAAUGACGGUAAUGUUAGCAGUGUGUUCGCUGCCGGCAGGUCAUCCGAUGGCAAUACUGCGUUCCUGUACUUUUGGAACGGACAAACGUGGUCUGCAGUCGGUUCAACGCUGGAGUCUACGACGGACGUAUCGCAAUUGACAAUGGUCCCGCUGCAAAAUACUCAUACCGGCAACAGCAUUAUUCAGUCCGAUCGUGCACUGAUGGUAUCGGGGUAUCUCACCGACUCCUCGUUCGGAAAUGCGUCGUCCGCUUUGUUUGACGGGCAGUCUUUCAUUCCAUACAUAGUCUCAGCAUCUGCGUCCGGUUCGCCUGGGACCGUGUCUGGGCUGAUCUACUCCUAUUCUACGUUCAGCUUCACCCAAGCCCACUUCCUUGCGACAGGCGUAGUCAUCCUGAUUUCCAUUGCAAUCGCCGCAGGCAUUGUGUUCCUGCUUGCCCUUAUUGGCAUCCUGUGGACGCUCUUCUCCCGCCGGGAUGACAAGCUCAACAAGUUUGACCCAGUGGAAGUCGAUGACGAUGAUGACUCCGCACAUCACCCGUCAUCCCUCCUUGCCCACAUCAACGCUGCAACUCGCAAUACGAUUAUUGGAGACUCAGGUCCCUUCGGUCCUCAUGUCGACAAAGAAGGCGAAGGCGUGAUUGGUACGGCGGGGGGUUUCGAGCCCGACGCGAGCAACUAUGUUCGAGCCGAAACACCUUCAGAUGCCGUCAUUGGUACGAUGGGUGGUGAGGAUAUGACUAGACCGGCUUACGCUCGCUAUUCGUUCGAUGGCGAAGGCGAGGGUGAGCUCGCAUUGAAUGCCGGGCAAGAGGUAGAAAUUCUUGAUGACAACGAUGCUGCAUGGUGGUACGCGAGAGACGUGCGCACCGGACGAGAAGGAGUUGUACCAGCUGCCUACGUGUACUGAUCGUGACUAGUAUAUUGGAUUUGACUUUUUUGCACUCAAGGAUUGUCGUUGCUGUCGUCGUAUUUGUUUUGAUACCCUUGUGUUGGACUGCGGUCUAUUGUCUUAUUUUUCCAUAGAGUCCUUCUCGUAAUCGCCGCAUCUAGCAUGCGCUUACAUACAGUACGUUUCUACAUUUGACACUCCAGAAGUAGUACGGGUACCACUCAUGCAUCCCCAGAUCAAGUAUCCCAUGUUUACUGUCAGACAAAAGAAUGAGUAUAUGCAGCAUCCACUUCGAUUAUGGU